UCACAGGGCGGUAAACGGGGGGACUUUAACCCCUGAGCAUUACUGAGUCUCGUGAGAGGGGCAGACAGCUUCGCCCCAACAAGCCGCACAACCAGGGGAAGCCAAGACAGGGAGAUGCACGCUGGCUCUCUCUCCUUCUCGGCCCUUCUCAGGAGGGUUUUGACAGCUGGUUGAAGAAGUUGCCAUGGCAAUGCACAACAUACGGAAGAGCCAAUCCCUAAAGAACCUGUCAGGGAAUCCAGAGGCGUCAUGGCUCAAGACAUCCAACCAUCUCUCCCUAAACAGGAAGUCUGUGUUGCAGCUGGUGCAACAGUACCAGAGCACUGGAGACCUGAGGAAUUGUGAAAAAGCUGAGCUUGAGGCGGACCCCUUGGAGGGCGGGGGGAGCCCGCAGGAAGGGAGCUUCCCGCUCUGCAGGAGCCGCUCUGUGGAGCACCUGGCCGGCAGAGAGCCUGUGGUCAGCGGUACCAGCGCUCUGAGAGACCUGUUUGAGUCCAAGUCCUCGCUCCGGCAGGACUAUGGCAGCAGCCCGAGGCUCCACACCGCGCCGGUCAUUGGAGGACACUCCCUAGUGGCAGGGAUAGGACAGAGCGCCUCGGAAAGGAACACAGGCCCUCAGAAAGAAGUCAAGGAUGAAAAUAGCCACAGAGACACAACAAACGAUGUACUUCCGGAGGCUUCUUUUAGAUCACCCAAGUACCCCCAUGAAGGCCAGAAGACUCAGCCCCUGACCCAGAGAGACUUCCGGACCCAGAGAGACUCCCGGUCCCCGUCGAGACCGGACCAGGACAGCCCCACCGGCAGCACCUCCGUCAGGGACAGAUCGGCCCUCUACCUGUCCCGAGUGGCAGCCACAGACCACGCAGGAAGCCCAGCUCCGCCCGAAUUCCUUGGCACUUCAGAACCGAGACGUAAAGCCAGCAAGAUGGCCGACGCAACCAAGAAAGUCAUCGUUUCAGAGACGUCUCACAGUGACGACGACCUGCCUCCUCCUCCACCUCCGCCCGUCCCUCCCCGACCCCUGGACUAUGAAGGCUCUCCACCUCUUGCCAGCCUCCCCGUGCCCCCACCCAAGGAAACCUUCUCUACCUUCUACCAGCAGCAGCAGAAGAACGAGAUCAAGAGGCUCUUCAAGCACAUCCACCCCGAGCUACGAGACAACCUGAACGACAUGGUUGACGACGAGCUGGUGGAGGCCCUCCACUCUGAUGCCGCGGAGGCUGCGGACGCCGGCUACCAGGCCGAGGUGCAGUCCAUGAGGUGGAUCUUCGAGAACUGGACUCUGGACAACAUUGGCGAUCCCCACACGACCAGGAAGCUGCUAGAUGAAGAAGAACUCAAGGGUGGAGACGUCAGAGGCACCUCUUCUGUGUUCCAGCAAGUGGACGGCACCCAACGAGGCGCCUUUGCCAGAAGGCAGACCUCUGUACGAGGGGAUGUUAGAACCUCGACGUGGCUGUUUGAAACUCAGCCGAUGGAUGCGCUGAACAAACUCAAAACAGAGGAGGGCGAACUGGUCGAGACCGUCUUAAAAGAACCUGUCAAGAGAGGCGAUGUGAGAGGGGCCCGGCUGCUGUUUGAGUCCCAGACGCUGACUGACCUGGGCCGCUGCAGCUCCAUCGAGGACUACAGCUUCCUGAAACUGAAGUCUGAGCUCCAGGAACAAAAGGGCGGCAUCCAGAAGACUGUGAAGCUGUUCGAAGCGGAUCCAUGCUGUGCCAUCAAGGACAACAGUGGCAACAUGCAUGAGGUCAGGUCCAUCUGCAGAGAGGAGAUAAAAACCGGCAGCACCAGCACCGCACGCUGGCUGUUUGAAACCCAGCCACUGGGCACCAUCAACAAGGGGACGGAUGGAGUUAAGAUGAUCCGGGGUAUAUCACUGGAAGAAGGCCAGAGGGGCGGCGUGGACAGCAAGAGAUGGAUGUUUGAAACACAGCCGCUGGGCAUGAUACAAGAAGGGAAGGAAAAUAUGGGAGCAUUUGAAGGAACUGUUGAAAACAGAGGAGAGGCGAUGCUAAAAGGAGACUCAGCUGAGGGGAAUUUGGCCAAGGAGCAGGUACUUGGAGGAGAUGUCAAGACUUCUCUUUGGCUGUUUGAAACCCAACCCAUGGACAGCCUCAGUGAGAGCUUAGAGGUCGGACGUUUGCAAAAAAUAACCCUCUCUGCAGAUGAACAAGGAGCAGUCAAAGGCACCAAGCAGAUGUUUGAAAACUACAGCACAGCAACCAGCACCUUAGUCAAGGAACAAAAGAUUGAAAAGGGUGAUGUAAAAUCAUUCAAAAACCUUUUCGAGACAAUUCCCAUAAGCAACAUAACUCGUAGCGAUGAGAAAAGUGACUCAAGGGAAAUUAAUAUCACAGCAGGAAAUGUUAAGGGCAACAAAGCAUUGUUUGAGACCACUCCCUUAUACACUAUAAAGGACUCCUCAGGCAAUCUCCACGAAGUCACAACAGUUAGCCGAGAAGAGCUAAUCAAAGGCAAUGUCCAAAACUACAAGUGGUUGUUCAAUACAAAACCCCUUGACCAAUUUACAGAGGGAAAAGAAAAUGUUGAGGUCAUUAAAGGUAUUACUCGAGAAGUCGAUUCAGCAGAUGUCAACAUGGCCAAAUGGCUAUUUGAGACUCAAACUAUAGAUGGAAUCCAUUCCAAAUUCAAUCAAACAGAAGCCAAGUCUUCUACCAAAGAAGAGCAGCUUCAGAAAGGUGACGUUAAGACCUGCAGAUGGUUAUUUGAGACACAGCCAAUGGACAUUCUGUAUGACAAAUCAGAAACCGUGAAAGACAAAGAUGCCCUAGAGAACACUAAUGUCAAAUCCUUCACUUGGCUUUUCGAAUCACAACCUCUGGCCAGCGUCAAGGACAGUGAGGAGCAACGUUUAAAGUGCGUAAUGGCACAAGACUCUGUGAAAGCAGAGGUCGGUGUCGAAACUGUGAAGAGACUCUUUGAAACAGAGACUUUAGAUAGAAUCCGGAAGGACACCAAUGUAGAAGGGGAUGCCCGGUACGUUAGCCAGGUGGAUGUCCAGUCUGGAGAUGUGUCCCGAGUGAAGGAACUUUUUGAAUCCCGCUCCCUUGAUGAAAUAGGUUCAGAGAUGGUGACGACAUCCGACACACAGGAUCUGGCUGAGCACAUUUCGGAGGGAUCUGUGCACAAGUUCACAUGGAUGUUUGAGAACCGUCCCAUCAACAUGAUAAAUGAGAAAGACAAGGCUCUAGCAAAUACGCAGAAGAUCAGUGAAGUAGAGGGUGGGGAUGUAACUAAUAAGAAGUUUGUAUUUGAAACCUUCUCUUUGGACAAGAUCCACGAUCAGCCCUUCGAGGAGAAGUCUGCCUGUUUUGAAAAGCCUGAGAGCAAUGUUGAUGUCAAGUCCAGCACCAUGAUAUUCGAGUCUCAGCCCCUCUACGCCAUCAGAGACAAGGAGGGACAGUUUCAUGAGGUGACCACUGUGAAAAAGGAGGAGAUUGUGAGCAGUGAUGUAAGGGGAGCAAGAUGGAUGUUCGAAACAAAGCCCCUUGACGCAAUCAAGGCAGAUAAUGAGAUUUACGUGAUUCGAGCUGUCACCCAAGAAGAUGUCAAGAAAGGCGAUGUGAAAUCGGCCAGAUGGAAGUUUGAGACCCAGCCAUUGGAUUCCUUCACCAGCCCAGAUACACCUGCUGUCUUAGACGUAGAGGACAUUGUAAGAAAAAAUGUGCAGCUUAACAAGCAAAUCUUCGAAUCAGACCAGGCGGCCCACAAGAAUUUUGUUAGAAUGGUUAGUGUCACAGAUGUCCAGCAAGGUGAUGUCAGAACCUCCACCUGGCUCUUUGAGAACCACAAGAUUGACAGUCUCAAAGGUGACUCCGAGGAGCAAGGCACAGUAAACACUGUCCAAAGAGAAGACAAGGGGAAAGGAGAUGUGAAACGUAGCACAUUUCUCUUUGAAUCACAGCCCCUGGACAAGAUCAAGGAGGCUAACGAUACCUUAGUGCCCAGCAUUGAGCAAGACAGACCAAAGGCCGAUGUGAAGAGCACCACUUGGCUUUUUGAAACCACCCCGCUAGACAAAAUCACAUCCAACAGUGUUGCUGAAACCCUCACCCGUCUACAUGAGCUGACCUACCUUCACUCUAGUGGUAUUAUAAUAGAAGCAAGUGAGGUCAAAAAUGUUACAAUGGCAAAGUAUCAGCUUGAAGAGGGCGUACAAAUACAGAACGAGGAGGUUAUUGAGGGAAGCAUCAGGAACAUCAUGCUGCAGUUAUUAUGCAAACCAACACUUAAGCCUCAGAUCACGAUCAUCAGAGAGAUGGAGAAAGGGGAUUUGAACACCACAGUGGUAGAACUUCCUGUCAACCAGACGACAGCCGCAGCCACCAAUCCAGAGGAAGAUCAAAGAGUAGUUAUUGCCCAGAUGAUUGAAAGCUUACUUAUUCACACCAAAUCUUUAAAAAAGGGGAUCAUAAUGCAAGAGUGCGCCGGGGGACAUGCAGAGAUGACUGUUUACUCGUUAGUUCACCACUGUCAAACCAAAACCGAAAGUGAAGAUAUAGAAUGGAGAGGCAUCAAGUCCACCAUCGGAGAUCUGAUGGCAACUUCCAGUAGUCAAAGGACUGCAACGCCCUGUAGAAUAGAUGAGAAUGAAAAGGGUAAUGUGAACUUAUACAAAAGUUGCAUUGAGAGAGGUGACCUGCAGUACCUUAAGAGUCUUCAAACUGAGCUUCUGGAAGAAGACCAGUGUCAAAGCCCUUCAUCCAGAGAACGCAUUGAAAUACUGAGGGGAGAUAUCAAGGAAGCUCAGAGAAGUCUCUAUCAGCAGAAAGACCUGGUGGAGCGCACCAUCUGUGAUGUGCUGCCAGGGGACGUGAAGAAUGUCAAAAAGGUGUUCACAUCAGAUUGUGCCUAUGAUGUUGACAUCCCGAAAGAGGAGAUUAUCCCUGGCGAUAUAGCGACAGCUAAGCAACAACUGUCAACGAAGCAAAGCUUGAUGAUGGAAAAAGAGGAGGUUGUGGCUGGGGAUAUCAAGGCAACAAUGCAGUCUUUGGAACGUGCAAAGCAACAGAGCAUGCACGUGGAGCGUGAGGCGAUCAAACCAGGAACCAUCUAUGACAUGGACCUGUCCACACAAGGGACUGACAUGGAAGAAGGCCAAACUCAGAAAGAAGAAAUUGUUUCUGGGGAUGUGAGAGCAGCCAAAAGAUCCCUUGAAAUGGCCAAGAGCCAAAGUAUGUACAUGGAGCGUGAAACGGUCGUCCCUGGAAAGAUAUACAACGUCAAAGUCUCGGCACAAGAGCAGAGCUCCUCAACAGUAACAGAGACGCAUUCUUCCUCCAGUGGCCAACAGAUCAGAACAACUUUCCAAAAGGUCAGUGAAGCCAUGAAAAGCCAGAAAAGCCAUGAUGCAUUUCCAUCUAGUGAAAAAGAUGAAGUGUCAAAAAGUGCUGUUAGGGCGAAUUGUUGUGCCAAAGAUUCCCUGUCACUUCCUGUAGAACAGUGUGAGGUUCAGACUUCAGAAGAAGAGGCUGAGGUUUUUAAAGGAGAUGUGAAGGCAACGAUUAGGUCGCUGCAGAGCGCAGCGAUGGAGCAUAAGCUCCCAGAGAAGGAAGAUAUUGUAAGAGGUAACAUGCAGUUUGCCCUCCAGUCUCUUGAGAGGUCUAGGGUUAAUGUAUCAAAGGGAGACUAUAAAACAGCAAUGAUAUACAGGAAUUCAAGCAGAGGAUGUUCAGGAAAUGGCCCGAUUGUUAAGAAGCAGGGUGUUGUUGUGUCCAUGCCUCCCUCUGACACUGAACUCCUGUCUCCUUCGAUUUCAGUAACUUUCGAGGAGCAGCCAUCUGUUUCAAGACAGAAUACAACAAUCCCAAAACCUGUAACAAUUCAAAAUGGAAACCCCUCAUCUUAUCACCGUGAAGACAAAACGACACCCCAACUCCCCCAAAAGGCACAUGAGAAACCCCAUGGCCAGAAGCCAACUCUCGCACCAAAGCCAGAAUGGACUAAAUCAGCACAGAGUAAGCAGCCACAACCUCGGCUUGAAGCAUCCUAUCCGAGUGGGGAACAAAGCCCUGUUAUACCACUGAAUACCAAGCACAGCGUUCAGACGCCAACUGUAUCGCCAAACAACCCACAAAGAACCAGAAGACAUGGCAUAAUAUUCCUUAACAGGGAGGUCACACAGGACACAUUUAUUCCGAAAUCUUUUGAUGACACAACGGAGAGUUUUGUUGAAACUCAGGCUAAUGUAGCAGAACCCACAAAAGGCACUCUGAGUCAAACUGACACAGAAUCAUUAAGUUCUGGAAUGGCGGAAACUAAAAUCGACAAAAAUGUUGUACGGAAAAUAAAUGCAGCAGAGGAGAUUCAGAAAAGCAUAACGAGUUAUUCAGAAGGAGAUAGGGAUGAAAUUAGUAUGGGCUUUCAAACAGCUCUCCAGAACUUUGGGAGAAGAGAGAAGCAAAAUGAUGUGUCUGCUUCCAUUUUAUCUAAGAACGUUAAAGUAGUUAAUGAUAUAGUUGUGCAAGAAAGGCAGGCCAAGCAAAGUACCGCAGCCAAAAAGAAAUCCAUUGUUAACGUUUCAUCUGACCAGUGCAACAAUCAAUUGCAGGAGGAAGCUGUCAACUUUCCAACGGAUACAUAUGCAGUCCAGCCUAAUGCCCUGAAUGGUGAAGAACAAAAACGGCCCGAGGAGAGAGUUGUUUUCAGGAAAAAGAAAGCAAAAGAGACUGAGGAUCAGCGACGACAGAGACUCUCUGUCCACAAAGACGAGAUAAUGACAGGAAACGUGAAGGCAGCGAUGGGGAUAUUUGAGAAUUUAAGAAAACGAGAGGAACUCAAGAUAAUCCUUUCUCAAGUGCAAGAGAUGGAGGGCGAUACCAGCGAUGUAGACGUUGGAUCUAUGAAGAUGUUGUUUGAGGAUGUCCCUGCUUGGAUCGCCACAACAAGCAGAACCGCCAGGAAAAAGAAUAGGAAGGAGGAAAAGAAGGUGGAAAUGGAUGUGUUUGAUGAUGACCUGGAGAGCACCUCCUCAGUGGAAACCGCAUUCGAAGAUCUGGAAAAAGCCAGCAAGGACAUAAUGGACCUGAAAGAACAAACAUUGGCAAAGCUCCUUGACAUCGAAGAAGCCAUUAAAAAGGCCUUGUACUCCGUCUCCAGUUUAAAAUCUGAAGCUGACAUUGCAGGGCUAUCAGGUCUGUUUGAUGAAUCUUUGAAGUCUGAACAAAGUUUCCAGCCUUCCAACAACAUCAGGAAAAUUAGCAUUGUGUCCAGCAAGGCUAAACCCCAGCUCAAUAAAGAGACAGGUGAAGUGUCUGAGAAAAAUAAAGAUGCAAGCCCUUCAAAACAAACCGAUGGCACCUCUAACCAAGCACGCCGUAAACCCCUUAUAAGACAGAGCAGUGCGCCAUCCUGCCCUUCCUUCAUCUCCAUUCAUUCUGCUGCCAGAAAGAACGCCGAGCAACCAAAGUCACCAAUGUCAACAUUCAAGCCUAAAACAGAGGGAAACUCAAACGGCGAUCUCAGCCAGACGUCAAUCCACUUCCAAAGCCCCGCUACACCAAGACGCAAGGUCAGUGUCCUGGAAGUGAAGACUGUUCCAGAACCUGCUGUUGGAAUAAUCGGCACCAAAACUGUCAGCGAAACGUAUGAAGAAACUGAUGGCUUUGGCAAUUCAUUUGUUUCCUCAAAAACCUCCACAGUUGUCACCAAACAGUCAAACAGCAAGGCGUCUGCGCUGUUCGAUGUUGUGGGCAGCCCUUCAAGAUAUGAAGUCAUGACCCCCCCGAUGAUGCAAAGAAGGAAAUUUUCGGAAAGUGGGCUGAACAAUACAAAAGAGGAAGGCACAGUCUUUGUAACAUUUAGCCAACCAACUGCAAAGCACUAAAAAGCACCGCUUUCCCUUUUAAUAAUAUAUGUUAUGCAAUCUUUAACAUAAAUGUCAUAUGAUUUAUUCCUUUUCGAAUGAAAGCAUUAAAAUGUUAACUUAUGUCCAUGAAUUAUUUUAUACCAUGAUUAUAUAGUAAAUGUUACGUUUUUUUUUUAUAAAUCAUUUUAAAACAGCGGAUAUGUCCUAUUGUUUAUAAGUCAAAUAAAUGUGUCAAGUGACUAAGAGGAA